GGCAUUCAAGACGGCGCCGCUUAAGCCGCAAGCCUAUAAAUUUGGUCAGAUGUUAUGUUGUGGCUUUUGUUGUGGCAACAUGUCGAAACGGGACUACAAAGUGGCCACCACAGAUGGCAUCGAGCUGGAGCCGCUUGGCGGUGAAAAGAGCGAUAAGGACAAGGACAAAGAAAAGCAAACGAAUGGUGUUACCUUUGGUGGCGAAUCGAGCGGCGGACGACAGACGCGCACAGGAGUCGCUGUCUGCUCCCAGAGACGCGCUCUCCUCGUCGCGGGCAUCGUGCUGGGAUCCCUCUUGCUGACGGCGAUUAUCAUUGCCUACGCGGGACCACAAAAUGACUGUUCCUGUGCGGCAAAAACAACGUCUGGCUAUGAAACGGAUGAAGAGAACAACACACUACCAUUCAAUCCGAUUGCAACGAACGGGGAGCCCUUCCCCUGGCUCGAAAAGAUGCUCCCCACAAAUACUCGACCCAUGCGUUAUAUGGUUACGAUUCACCCCAAUCUCACAACGCUCGAUGUAAAAGGUCAAGUUACAAUCGAUCUGUUCAUUGAGAAGGAAACCAACUUUAUUGUGCUGCACAUUCAGGAUCUCAAUGUUACCGAGAAGGCCUUGGUUACACCCGGUCCCAAGGGUUAUGCGUUGAAGAUUGUCAAGGUAUUGGAAUUUCCGCCACGUCAGCAAUUGUACAUUGAAGUAAAGGAGAAACUCAAGAAGAAAUCCAAUUAUACGUUGAAUUUGCGUUGGUAUUCCAAAUUGAAUCCCGAACCCGAGGGCUUCUAUGUGGAUCAGUAUGAGAGCUUCAAUGGAAGAGAGCGUCUGCUCGCCGCUACCGUCUUCAGACCAAAUGGUGCACGUCGUGCUUUUCCCUGUUUCGAUGAGCCGCAUGUGCGGGCGCCCUUCCGUGUCUCCGUGUUCCGGGAUCGCUUCCACAUUGGUCUUUCCAAUUCCAUAGUGCAUACGACAGAGGAUGUGGGCUUCUACAUGGGCACAGGAUUGUUGAGAGACGACUUUAUUGAGACGCCUCCUUUGCCAGCAGAUGCCAUUGCCUGGGUGGUCAGUGACUUUCAACGGGAAUCUCUGCAACCAUCAGCUGCCUAUAUACCAACAACAGUUGCUCCAGCCACGGCAGGAAGUGGCAAGAAGCCUUCCCAGCUGAACAACUACACGCAGCAGAAGAGCAAGAAUCCUCCAGUGAGGAAUAUAACAGCUUUGACGCACUCGCUCAAUGUGAAUCUGACUCCGUUUCAUAACGUCAGCUCCACGACGACAGCUCUGCCCGUAAUCCUUAAUGGCAAUGGAAAACUAUCGAAUCUGACCUCAUUAUCGCAGUCAACAGGUUCAUCCAUCAAAAGGGCUCCUUCUUAUACCUUCUAUGCUCCAAGGGAUUUGCUGCCACGUUCCUCUUUUAUACUUCACACCUCACGUGAUGUGCUGGAGUAUCUACAGACAUGGCUGGACAUCAGUUAUCCCUUGACCAAGGUGGAUUUUGUAGCCUUACCUUCGCUGGAUCGGAAUAUGAUCUCCUCCUUGGGUCUGGUCACAUUGAAAACUUCAUUCCUCACAGAUCCCAAUUCGAUUACCUCGGAGCAGUAUCAGUUCAGUGCUCUGCGCAUUGCCGAGGCCAUGGUGCGUCAAUUCUUUGGAGGAAUCACCUCACGCAGAGUGCUCAAGGAUGUCUGGCUUUGGGAAGGACUCAUCCAAUAUCUAGGCAUCCAUACGCUAGCUCCACUCCAGGACACUUGGCCGUUGAGAGAGAUGUAUCUGCUUAAGAUGGCAACUGCGGCGUUGGAUAUCGAUGCUAUUCAGGGCUGGGACAGUAUCAUGAAUGGCACCAGCCACGAUGGCAACAACGAGGACUUCUUCGUCCAGAAAACAGCAGCGAUCUUCUCGAUGCUCCACACGGCAAUUGGCGAAGAUCGAUUCCGCGGUUGUCUUGGAACCUUCCUCAAACUCAAUCGCUUUAAGACCGCCGAGCCCACAGAUCUUUGGACGAUUUGCACCAAAAAGGCCAACGGUUCGAAGAACAUCAAGGACAUGAUGACAUUGUGGACACAUCAGCCAGGUUUUCCCCUGCUCACAGUUACCAAAAUGGGCAACAGCAUUUCCAUCUCACAGCGUCCCUUUAAGCCCGCCGACUUUCUUGCCAUCCAUGAUGAUUCCUAUGAUGGCAACAACUACAACAAGACCACAGUGAAUGCCACCGAUAUGCCCAGCACAGUGGCUCCCACCACACAGGCCAGCAAACAUAAGGUCACACCCCAUCUGAAGUGGAUCUUUCCGGUUACCUACGUAACGGACAUAAACAAUGUCAGCGAGACUCUCUGGAUGCAGAAUGUCGAUGUGACCUUCAAUGUGCCGGAGAAUGUGAAGUGGAUCAAGGUGAAUGCCAUACAAAAUGGUUAUUAUCGCGUUGUCUAUAAUGAUGAUAACUGGGCUAGUUUGAUCGAGGAACUCUCCAACAACCCAAAGCGUUUCAGCAGUGAGGAUCGUCUGGGUAUGUUGUCCGAUGCAUUUACGUUGUGCCAUGCGAAUCUGUUGCCCUGCGAGAUUACGAUGAACAUGAUACAAUAUUUGCCAAGUGAGACGCACUAUGGUCCUAUGGCUUUAGCUGUGCGACAUUUGGAGAAGUGGCGACGAAUUCUCAAGUAUUCCGAGUGCUUUCUCAUGCUCAGCGAGUUUAUCAAAAUGAAAAUAUCAACGGUUAUGGAAAAAGUGGGCUGGAUCGAUGAGGGAGAUGUGGCCACUAGACUUAUGCGUCCUGAGGUGUUGCUGGCUUCUGUGCUCUGGGAGGACAUUGAUAGCAUCACCAAGGCCAAGAAUAUGUUGAAUCAAUAUUUAUAUUAUAAUGGUUCCGCUAUUUCUCCCAAUCUGAGAGAGGUGGUCUACACGGGUUCUAUUUUGUCCGGUGAGUACAUCUAUUGGCAACAUUGUUGGGAACGCUUUGUGACUCUGCAACGCACCUCGGAGACAUUUGUGGAACGCAUGCAACUGUUGCGUGCGCUGGGCAGGACCAAGGACGCCUGGUUGCAGAAUCGUUUGCUCUCACAUGUCACCAUGCUGCCCACCGAGGAGGUGGUGCAAGUGCUCAAGGCCAUUGCGGGUACACCGACAGGUGGUGCGAUGGCUUGUCGAUUCCUACAGGCCAAAUGGUUUGAGCUGGAGAAACGUCUGGGAGCGGGCACCAUUAGCUUUGCUAAAGUGAUAUCGGCUAUAACACAAUAUGGGGCUACGAAAUUCGAUUACGAUGAGCUGAAAUCCCUGGUACAUCGUUUUGGACGUGGACAUGGCAUGUCCAUUCUGAACAUGACGCUCAGCAGUGUCGCCUCCAAUGUGGAAUGGGUUGCAAGAUCCCAGACAUCGCUCUAUAAAUGGGUUGAAAGUAAUUUGCAUUCGCAUCGAUAGAGUGCUUUCAAAUUAAAUUAAUUUCAUCUAUAAUUAUUUUAGUUAAUUGUGUUAAUUAUUAUGAAGUGAAUGAUCUCCGAAAUCAAUUGUAAUUAUGUUCCUUGCACACAUACAAAUUAAUCGAAUACUAAACUAAUUUCUAGUUUCUGGGAGCUAAUCAUAGUAAUAAUAUUUACCAUAUCAUUGCCAUACAUACAUAUAUGUAAUUGCCACUUUAUAGACAGGGUCUCGAGAUCUCCAUUAGUUUUGACUUUAAGUUGACGUUCCCCAUUUUCUUCCCUAGUCACUUGAGUUAACACCAAUAUUCAAUCUGUAAACUGUAAAUUAGAAUGAUAAACACACCAUUUGUAUGAGGUAUAAAGCAUACUGAUGCCAUUUUCUAUUAUCUACAACUGAACAUAAAGAUAUAUCUAUAUAUUGUAUAUGUAUGUGUAUAUUUUACAAACAGAAAAAACAAAAACAAAACAAAAGAAAUGAAAAGCUAAGUAAUAUUUAAGCUAAAAAACAGAUCGAACAUAUUUUUUCAGCAAACACUACUAUAAAUCCAAUAACAUUAUGAUAAAUGAUAAA